AUGGUAGAAGAAACACAAUAUGAUAAAAUUCUGGUAAAGAAUUUGGUUUUGAAGAAUGUUGCUGGCGUAGAAGCGUGGCAGAGACUUAAGUCACAACCUGUGAUUAUUUCUGUCGAAUUAUAUACGGAUAUUUCUGCUGCUGGCGAUACUGACCAUGUCACCAACACCAUUCACUAUGGUCAUGUCACGAAGGCCAUUACGAAACUCGGUGAGACCUGUACUUUCUCUUCCUUGGAAGGCUUAGCUCAUGCUGUGGUCAAGUUGUGCUGUGUGCAGUUUGGAGCGAAAAGAACACAAGUGACAGUUGAACAACCCAAGGCCUUGUUACACGCUGCUGCUUCCGGUGUCAAAUUGACCCGUGCUAUUGAAGAUUUUGAAGAUAAGGACAUGGUGGAAACAACAGGACGAGUAUCAGGAUUGGGUGUAGCAGAUGAAAUCUUUGUGCGAGAUUUACGUCUUCAUACGAUUGUGGGUGUUAACCCUUGGGAACGUGAGGAGAAGCAAGUUGUUGUGAUCAAUUUAAAGGUUUUCCCUCGUGGAAAGAAUGUGGCUCAGGAUAACGAAAAGAACAAGUCUCACAAUUUGAGAACCAUUGUUCGAACCUUAACUCGUCAUAUUGAAGCCUCCGGAUACAAGACCAUCGAAGCGUUUGGUGUUACUGUGGCUCGAUUGGCGCUUGAGAAAUGUCAUGUCAACAAGAUUUCUGUUCGAGUCGAAAAGCCCAGUGCUAUUUUAUUUGCUGACUGUUCCGGUAUUGAAGUCACGCGUAAUCGUGUUUGGUUAAAUCAAGUAUUGGAAGCUGAAGAGAAGGCAGGACAAAAAUCAAUUCAUCAUGCUGGUAAAUUAAAUUAUAGUAAAGAAGUACCCGCUGAUUAUACCCAAACUGCCUAUAUCGCUUUCGGAUCCAACAUUGGGGACCGUGUCGACAACAUCAACAAGGCAUUCGCUCUUCUCGAAAAGGAAUGCUCCAGUGUUGUGUUAGAUACCAGUUUCUUGUACGAGACACCUCCCAUGUAUUAUAUUGAACAGCCUGCUUUUUUGAACGGUGUCUGCAAGAUUGCAACUAGCCUGAGUCCUCAUGAAUUACUGGCCAAGUUGAAGGAAACAGAAAAUACCCUGGGUCGUCUCCCUAGCUUUAGAAAUGGACCAAGACCUAUUGAUCUUGAUAUUCUCUUUUACAAUGAUUUGGUGUUGGAGGAUGGAGAGCAUUUGAUCAUUCCUCACAAACUGAUGGGUGAACGUGAAUUUGUGUUAUGGCCUCUUUGUGAUAUUGCUCGUGAUAUGGAACAUCCUCGUCUCUUCAAGACCAAUGGCCAGUUAUUAUCUCAGUUAUUAAAGGUGACCGCUGAAAGUGAAGAAGGUUCACUCAAGAUUGACAAAGUAGCACCUAUUCAAAACAAGCUAUGGAAAUGGAACGAAAAGACAUUUGUGAUGGGUAUUUUGAAUGCUACACCCGAUAGCUUUUCAGAUGGUGGUAAACACACAGAUAUCGAAGCCGCUACUGCUGCUGCAUGGCGUAUGAAGGAAGAAGGUGCGGAUAUCAUUGAUAUUGGUGGUAUGUCUACACGUCCUGGUGCAGAUGAUACAUUCCCCGAAGAAGAGGAAAUUCGUCGUGUUGUACCUAUCAUUACUCAGUUACGUGAAUCUGGUUUUGAUUUACCUAUUUCCAUUGAUACAUUCCGUGCUUCUGUUGCUAAAGCUGCUGUGGAGGCUGGUGCUAAUUUAAUUAAUGAUAUCAGUGGUGGUUCUCGUGACCCUAAUAUGCUCAAAGUGAUGGCCGAAUGUCAAGUUCCUGUAUGCUUAAUGCAUAUGCGUGGAGAUGCACAAACGAUGAUGUCUGAACAAAACACGACUUAUGAGAACGACGAUGUGGUUGAUGAUGUAUCGCAUGUAUUGUAUUUGCUUGUCCAAAGAGCUAUUGCAGCUGGUGUGCAUCGUUGGAAUAUUAUUAUUGAUCCCGGUGUUGGGUUUGCUAAAACCCCCGAGCAAGACUUUGAAUUGUUGCGUCAUUUAGGCGAUAUGUCUGGAGGACAGGAUUCCCUGUUGCGUGGUAUUCCUUCUUUGGUGGGUAUUAGCCGCAAGAAAUUUAUCGGUAAAAUCACGGGAGUUGAUGAGGCUGAAAAAAGAACUUUUGGAACGGCUGGUGCUGUGGCUGCUUGUGUUGCUGGUGGAGCGAAUAUCAUGAGAGUUCAUGAUGUGAGACCCAUGUGGGAAGUGAUUCAAGUAUGCGAUACCGUUUGGAAGAAGAAGUAG